CAAAACUUCUCCUUCGACAACCACCACGUUUACUACUAUUCCACACUCAACUCGACUAUACUACAACAACUUUACCAACACACCCUUCAUUGAUAUUUAUUGUUGAUCGAACCUUAACCUCGACUUCUACUUUAUCAUUUCAACCAACCAACUACUCAACCUUACAUUUCUACCAAUCAUCCCCUAUCUACAACCAUGCCUUCCUUCUCAUCUACCUUCUCCUCCAUCUUCAAGUCCUCCAAGAAGAGGAAUCCUACCAACAAGAACUCCUCCGAUAUUGUGGAGAUGUCAUCCACAUCUAAGUCUUCUAAUAAGAAGAUCGCUACUACCGCUGCCAGUACCGCCAAGAAUAUCAACAACGUAAAUAAUAAUACCAACAAAAGCGACAAUAAGAUCGCCAAAGACAGCUACAACAACAUGAAAAAUAAGACUUUCAACAUGGCCGAUAAGAGCCCUAACAACAACUAUUACAAUAAUAGAAUCUCCGCCACCACUACUACAAACGCUACCAACAACAAAAACAACAUCAGCAACGACUACAAUAAAACUGAUAGCAAUAUCGCCACCAACGAUACCGAGCCAGUCGACCUCGGCAUACCCCGCAGAGGCCAAUACAUCACCCGGGAUGGCAUCGACGUCGUGGCAGUCCUUGAGACUUGGUAUCAAAUCUACACCGGAUGGCAGAUCGUCUCCGCUGAGUUGGAGAGAAAGGAGAAGAUAUGCCAACGUCGUCGGUGAUAAACGGGGUUACCCGACAACACAGACAGCAGUCGAGGAGUUGAUUGGAUUAUCUUAUGUAUGGGAAUGCUAUUCAUCUAGUGUAGUAGGGAUUCCUGUAGGUUUUCGUCCCUAUGAGGGUUUUCCUACAGGCUUUGAUACCCAUCCCGAAGGCAGUAUGGUAUGUGGUAUA